AUGAAGAUGAGAUUCGCUUUAGUUGGGUCUUGCAGACGGGAAGACAUACCAGCAUGCGGAAGAGGUAGAGGGACUGGCUUACUAGACUUUGAGUUUGAGCAGGAAGGGCGAGAUGACAAGGGAAUCGGCCAAAGGCAUCUAUCAUCUCAUCGGAGAAGCGGUCCUAAUCUAAUAAAGGGUUGCCUUGCCUUACCAAAAGGAGAAGAAAGCUUGGGGACUGAUUCACUGACUUCACCACCAGCAGCGGAUAGGACCAGAGCUUCUAUUUACUCAACAGCUCUUACUGUAACAGAAAAGACUGGCACCGGAUUUAAGAAGCUGACUCUCGCAGCGGUUAGUGAUUCAAUCACACCGGAAAGGAUAAUUCUCAGAGCGUCAAGGCUUAGAGCUUCUUCUCAAGCUGCCUAUUUUGUGCGUGGGUUAACUAUUGAUUCAAUUGCGCAAAGAAGCCUAGUUGUCCUAAGAGCUGAUUCGGGAACUGCUUCAAUUCCAAGAGGAGCGCUUACUCUUGCAGCUUUUUAUUUCACAACUCUUUCUAUCACAACUUCUUUUUCCUCAUACGGAUCUAAGCUCUCGCAAGUGCCUUCCCUUCCUUCUUGCCUAUUCGAUAGGAGCUUGCAUUCUCAGGGGGAGUUUUUUUAUAUAAAAUAA